UUGAUGCCCACUGGUCUCAUCCCAUCAUCCCUCCAUCUCUUCUCCUUUUUCUGUCCCUCGCUCUCUCGAAGCCCCUCAUAUACUGACCAGCGGGGAGAUCAGAGAGAUCAUGCUGUCUGUACUGGCACUGACGACUGUGGUGCUCUUGGGCAUAGUCUCUCAGACUGCAGCUAUAGUUGUGUACACAAGCUGGGAGAGACAUGCACUUGUGGGCUCAGAUGUCAGACUUUCCUGCUCUUUCUUCUCCUGGCACUGGACUUCUCCAGACGUGACCUUCUCGUGGAGCUACCGUGCAGAUGGGGCUAGAGACAGCAUUGCAAUUUUCCACUACACAGGCGGAGCUCCUUAUACAGAUAACAAAGGCCCCUUCCAGGACCGCCUGGAGUUUGUUGGCAACCCUGCUCGCCGAGACGGUUCCAUUCUGAUCCGGAACCUGGACUACAGCGACAACGGAACCUUCACCUGUGAUGCCAAGAACCCACCCGACAUAGUGGGUCGCCCCUCCAGUGUUCGUCUGCUGGUGUUUGAGAAGGUUCCUGUUCAAGCUGGUGUGAUAACAGGGGCGAUUAUUGGCGUAGUGUUGGGACUGCUGAUCCUCAUUGUAGCAAUUUACUAUCUGAUGCGAUUCCUGGUGGCCAGACGAGUGUUCAGCUUGAGCAUGAGCAAACAUGGCAAGAAGGGCAAAGGAAAAGAAGGCUCACAGCAAAAACAGUUUUUCUGACACUUUAUUAUUAUUAUUUUAUAUGUGACUGUUUCAUCUAUAAUUCACUUCUUUCAUCAUCUGAUACAAUGAUGCUAUUACAUCACUUCCUCUGCCACUGUAGUCCGGCCCCCUAAAGUAGCCCCCCUCUCCCCCAACACCCUCAUUUACAUAAUGCUAAAUAUAUGACUUGUAUUUUUAGCCAUAGAAUCACACAAACACUUCAAACACAGUUAAAAUAUUAUGUCUGCAUGUCCAUUGUCCGUCAAAGCUCCAUCAAUUCUCACACACACACUAACAGUCCCAUUAUGUAGUCAAAUAUGCAAUUUUAAGAGUCUUCUGAAGAAUCUGGAGCUGCAAAAGUUUUCUGACACAGUUUAAAGCAGAUCCACACUGACUUACAUUAGUCUUAGUGUGUGUGUGUGUGUGUGUGUGUGUGUGUGUGUGUGUGUGUGUGUUUACUUUGACUGCAGUGACUGAAAUCCACAGAAUGACGUUGAUACUGCUAGAAAAGGCACACACAAACACACAGCGUGAGAAAAACUGAAUACUCUAAGCCAAAUUCUCACGUCUGUCGGCAUAAGCUGUUGUCUGACAAAAAGCUGGUUGUUUUAACACUCACUUGUAACUGGAGAACACACACUAUCUUUCUCCCUUUCCCUUUCUAUCUCUUUAAAGGGAUAGUUCACCCAUAGAUGAAAAUGAAAAGUCUUAAUUUGCUCACACUGAUGUUGUUCCAAACGUGUAUGACUUAACUUUCUUCCGUGGAAAACAACAGAAUACAUUAAGCCGGAUGUUAAGGAAUGAUAGCCUCAGUCACCCUUCACUUUCAUUGUGAAUGAGGCUGUCAGUCCCUUACAUUCUUCCUUAUAAUUCGGUGUGUAAAUACAGACAGAAUUGUAAUUUUUUGGGUGAACUAACCCUUUAAAAGUCUGUCUUGUAGCACUUUCUUUUGAUGCUUUCCACACAUAUUGUGUAUAGUAAGACUCAUCACUCCAUCUCGAGUCAUUAUUUCACUCUCUCAUCCUCCUCUACUCUAACUAUCACAAAGAUUCAUCCUCCACCACCUCGGCUAUGAUCGGAUUAGCAUACUACCAUACUACUUGUACUAUUUCUGCAGUAUAUAGCAUGUAUAAUGUGCAAACUGUGCGAAUGCAUGGAAUACCUGGAUGACCUUAUUCGGCAAAGUGUGCAGUAUACAACAAAGCAUCUUUUCUUGACUCAUUAUUUGAUUGCGCUGUCAAAAGUUUUUUUGCAUAAGGUACAGUAUUUUUACACAAACUUGAAUAAAAAUGGCAAAAUAAUUUUAUUUUUACUGGAUGCCUGUCGCUAAAUUAAACAUGCGAUAUGAUGAUGUCAUGUGACAACUGUGUAUCAUGGUAUUAUUUAACGCAUACUGUAUAUUGCUAUUUUAUUAAAAUAGUAGGCAGUAUACAGUAUACUGCACAGUAAGCAGUAUGAUAGUAUAGCAUUCCGAACAUAGCCCUGUUUCUGCUGGUAAGAAAAUUCCAGUGCUCUCUCUGCCCGCUUCCGCCCACAGGAGAAAAUUUGCAUUUGGCCAUUACGUCGCAAUUGCGACAAAAAACGAACAAAAAAUGCUAAUCUAGCUAGCUCUCUGCUGACUAUGAAAGAUGCAUGUUUAUCACACGUUUGCAUAUGUAUGUUUUAGGUCCGAGGACAUGUCUGUAAUCCAUAAACAUGUUAGGAGAACAAAACGGCAUAAAGACAACAUUAUAGCAAUACUGGUUAUGUACAUUUAGUAAUGCUGUGCAGUAGCACCCUAGUACUGUUUAUGUGUUUAUGUGAAAGGAGAAAUGUAAUAGAAUUUAAUGAUGUUUAAUAAUAUUUCUGCUCUUUCUUUUGACUGACAUGGCAAAAUUCAUGUGGUGGUUCUGUUUGCAUGCCAAGGCCACAGGAUGUUAUGCAAUAUGGACAAAAAAAAUAUCUGAAUGUUUUUUUGUGAAAGAAAGUUGAAAUGCUGGGAGGAAGACUGAAUUCAUAUUCGGGUGAAAAGCCAAGCCAAAGUCCAAUAAUGAUCUCAGUUUCACAGGAUAUGCCUUUUUUCAAAGUCUUCAUGUUUGUGCAUGUCAGCCCUGAGCUAGAGACAGGCUCUCAUCUGGAAUGCUAAGAAAAAUUGUAGAACUGCAAGGGCUUGAGGGAAAUUAUAUGUUUGUUAGCCCACAGACAGAUGCUUUUUAUGCAUCUCAGAGUAAAUGUCGAACAGCCACAUGGUACCUGCCAUUAAAUUGUGUUUAAAUAUCAGAUAAUUCCCAUGUUGUACGUAUUGUGCACCUGUAUUGGUGCAGGUCUGGUUAACCAUUCUCUCUUCAAGUUCCAUUUUACAACUUCUAAUUUUUUAUUUUUUUUUUAUUUUUUUUUACUUUUAUGUUGACUUUAACCAAUCUGACUGUGGAUUUCUGUUAAAUGUGUUGUAAAAAGAAAAUAAAUCUCAAGUUCAAAUAAUUCAGAAAAGCGUCAAUAAAAAUCAGAUCCCUUGCU